GCCCCGCAGUGUGCCGCCCGCCCCGCAGUGUGCCGCCCGCGCGUUCUUCGCCGGGUCCCGACGUCCGGGAGCUCGCCAGCGGUCGGCGCGUAGCUAUGGCUCAGCACUUCUCCCUGGCCGCCUGCGACGUGGUCGGCUUCGACCUGGACCACACUCUGUGUCGCUACAACCUGCCCGAGGUAGCGCGGCUCAUUUAUGAUAGCUUUGCUCAGUUCCUGGUCAAGGAGAAAGGGUAUGAUGAGGAAUUGCUCACUGUGACUCCAGAGGAUUGGGAUUUCUGUUGCAGGGGCUUGGCAUUGGAUCUGGAAGACGGGAACUUCAUUAAACUUGCAGAUAAUGGCACCGUGCUCAGGGCGAGCCACGGCACAAAGAUGCUGCCCCCAGAGGUGCUGGCGGAGGAGUACGGCAGGAAGGAGUGGAAGCACUUCACGCCAGACUCGGGAAUGGCCUGCCGCUCAGGGAAAUAUUAUUUUUAUGAUAACUACUUUGACCUGCCCGGAGCUCUUCUGUGUGCCAGAGUGGUGGACUCUUUAACAAAGCAUAACAGUGGUCAAAAACCACUUGAUUUUUGGAAGGAUAUAAUUGCUGGUAUACAACAUAAUUAUAAAAUGUCAGCUUUUAAAGAAAACUGUGGAAUUUAUUUUCCAGAAAUAAAAAGAGAUCCAGGCAGAUAUUUACACACUUGUCCAGAAUCUGUAAAAAAGUGGCUUCAACAGCUAAGGAAUGCUGGGAAAAUUCUUAUGUUAAUUACCAGUUCUCACAGUGAUUACUGUAGACUCCUCUGUGAAUAUAUCCUUGGGAAUGAUUUUGAAGAUCUUUUUGACAUUGUGAUUACAAAUGCAUUGAAGCCUGGUUUCUUCUCCCAUUUACCAAGUCAGAGGCCUUUCCGGACACUUGAGAAUGACGAGGAGCAGGAGGCGCUGCCGUCUCUGGAUAAACCCGGCUGGUACUCCCAAGGGAAUGCUGUCCACCUUUAUGAGCUUCUGAAGAAAAUGACUUGCAGACCUGAACCCAAGGUUGUUUACUUUGGUGACAGUAUGCAUUCAGAUAUUUUCCCAGCCUGUCAUUAUAGUAAUUGGGAGACAGUCCUCAUCCUGGAAGAGCUCAGAGCGGACAGAGACGGGAAGCCUGAGGAAUCAGAGCCUCUAGAGAAAAAAGGAAAAUAUGAGGGAUCAAAGCCUCUAAAUACAUUAUCUAAAAAAUGGGGCUCUUUUUUUAUUGAUUCAGCUUCUGGACUGGAAAAUACAGAAGAUUCCUUGGUUUAUACAUGGUCUUGUAAGAGAAUCAGUGCUUACAGCACUAUUGCAAUUCCAAGUAUUGAAGCAAUAGCAGAAUUACCCUUGGACUACAAAUUUACAAGGUUCUCUUCAGACAAUUCAAAAACAGCAGGCUAUUAUCCAAACCCUCCAUUGGUCUUAUCAAAUGAUGGGAAACUGACAACCAAAUAAACUAUCUUUACUGAAAAAUGAAGUGAAGAACCAUAUAUGCAGCAAAUGUACUGUAAAAAUGUUAAUUUUCAAAAACUACUGUAAAAUGCUUUAUAGAAACAAAUUCUUAAUGAAGUGACCAA